AUGAAGGCAAACACGAUCGUUAAACCCCUCGCCUUUGCGAGUCUCGUCGUGGCAGGGGGGCAGUACCCGGAGAUGCCAAAGUGUACUUGGACUUGCCUAGACCAGUGCAUCCCACAGACUGACUGCACUGGCUAUUACGACCAGAUCUGCAUGUGCUUGAAGAAGAACACGGACAUUAUGCAGAACUGCAUGAUGGGAUGCCUUUCGUUUACUGGCAAAGAUGGGUGUGAUCCAUCGGUCAUUGGCACACUCAUGACGAUCUCCGCCUCAGCCUCCAGCACAUGCCUCACGGUCCCGACGGUCACUCCGAGCCCCUCCUCGACGGUGCCGUCGACCGCGGCAGCAACAACGACGGCCGCGUCAACCUCCAAGUCGGCCGAGAGCAGCAGCACUGGUCCUGUCCCGUCCACCACCGCGAAGACCAGCUCCGGCACGCCCCCCGCCUCGCCCUCACGCUCGACGGAAACGGCCUCUUCGAAGCAAACCUCAACUACCUAUGGGUUCAGCAACUCGACCGAGACGUCGACCACCUCGACGGGUAGCGGCGCGGAUACUUCAUGCGUCCCCGAACCUGUCCUGCCGACGACCCCGUCAGGGGCCACUCCUGUCGCUCCCACGAACCUUCCGGGCCCGGGCUUCAAGACCGUCACUACGACCGCCCCGAACCCUACCGCCCCGCCGGCGCCCCCGGUCGUCACGGCUGGUGCCAACGCUGGACCCGGAGCUGGUGCCAUCGCCGCCAUGCUGGCCGCCGCCAUGGCCCUAUAA